GAAUUUCAGAUGCCGCAGCAAUUCGAGUCGACAGUUCACAAGAAAAUAUCUCACUAUCACAUGUUUGGCAAUCUUUUUUUAUGUUUUGAUAAGUGAAAAAUUACGUCACAGUGAAAACGAACGGAUUGUUUUAUUUAUAUUAAGCGGAAACAGAAAUUUUUAUCGUUGCUUCAUCAGAACAGAUGCACGAGCGCAGGUGGGGAGUACCUAAAAAUACUGGAGUGAAAAAAAAUCUUCAGAAAUGCCAAAUACGAAUGGACUGCGACAGUUCAGUAUUCUGCUCUACAAAGGUCUACUUCUCCGGAAACGGCAUUACUUCGUAACUUUCUUCGAAAUUAUCGUCCCAAUCAUCAUCGCAGCUAUCCCAUGUAUGAUCCAACAGGAACCUUACAAUCCACCAUCUGGCAAAAAUGUUGGAAGACAGUUCAGGUCUGAUUGGGUCAACUACACAACGUUCAGGCCAUUCGAUCCAUUCAAAUCUCAUGCAGGUACAUGGUAUGAUUUACUGUUUGUGUACACGCCUUCCAAUCCGCUUGUGGAUCAAUUCAUGAAUGAAUCUAUGGCGAUGUUUAAAAGAAGAGAAGAUUAUACAGGCAAUAUAACUUGGAAAGGAGUGAACAGCGAAAUGGAGUUAGAAGACUAUUGCGUUUACAAGCAAAGGGACCAGGAUUUCUUCAACGUGAUUGGAACCGUGUUCAAAGAAUUCGACAACAAAUUGCCAGCAUCUUUAGAUUACACGAUUCGUUAUGGCACCUCACGUUAUUCAAAUUUUCAUACGGACAUGAAGUAUCAGGUGAAUGGUCCUCAUUAUAACAAUGCUUAUGAAGAUUCCCUUUUCCUUGCUUGGCAAGCAUCAGUGGAACAAACCUUUAUUAACAGAAAAAUGGCGGAACAAGGAGAAGACGCUGAAUUAAGGAAAUACCAAGUCUGGAUGCAACAAUUUCCUUACCCAGAACACAAGGAUACAAAGAAUAGUUUCUCUGUUGUUAAUAUUGUUCCCUGGUUCAUAUGUUACGGAUAUUUAAUUUUUAUCAUGAAUAUUAUGAGAAGAGUUAUAGAAGAGAAAUCUAAUGGAUCUAAGGAAUUGCUAAAAAUGAUGGGAAUGACGGAUUUCACAUACUGGGCAAGCACCUUCAUGAAUUACUUCAUCUAUGCUUUCGUCAUCAUGCUUAUUGUCACCAUCCUUUACAAAGUCCCCAUGAAGACUUCGACAGCAUUUUUGCAACACAUGAAUUUUUUUCUCCUCUUUAUCGUGUUACUUCUAUUCAUUGCUAGUCUCAUUCUUUUCUGCAUGGCUUUGAGUAUAUUUUUCAAUCGAGCAAAUUUUGCCACUGUUGCCUUGAUCAUAAUCUAUAUUCCUUCUUGCACGCUUCUGAUGACUAAGUUCUUCAUGACGGACAGCGAAGUCAGCUAUUAUCCGCUCUCGGUGGCCAGUAAACUAGGCAUCUGCCUGCUGCCGCAAGGUGCUCUGCUCACAGCAUUUCACAUCAUAUCUUCGUACGAAGCAAGUGGUGAUGGAAUUGGUUGGAAUAACAUAAAUGAAUUUUCACUGAUUCCUGACAUAAACAUGGCAAUGAUCUUAGUGACAAUGCUCAUCUCCUGUGGCAUUUACAUCAUUUUCAUUUGGUACUUUGAUGCUGUUUGGCCAUGGCAACCGGGAGUGCCCAAGCCGUUUUAUUUCUUCUUAACGCGAAGUUAUUGGUGCGGUGCCAGACAAGUUCAGGACACAGAGGAAAACAAAUUAGUCAAGAAUGAAUAUAGCUCUGACUUUUUUGAAGAAGAACCAAGCAAUAUUUCCAGAGGUGUUAUCAUAAGGAAUUUAGCAAAGGAAUUCCGUUCCGGACUCACUACAAAACUAGCUGUGAAUGAUGUAUCUUUAAACAUCUACGAAGGGCAAAUUACUGCUCUACUAGGUCACAAUGGAGCUGGAAAAACUACCACCAUUAACAUACUCACUGGUCUGUAUACACCAACCAGUGGAACUGCUUUAAUAAGUGGUCUGGACAUUCUGACAGAGACAACAAGAGCUCGCAGAGGCCUAGGUGUUUGUCCUCAGCAUAAUGUCCUCUAUGACACGCUCACUGUGGAGGAACAUCUGAAAAUUUAUGCUGCUAUGAAAGGAGUUCUCUGGAAAGAUCUGAAUUCCGAAGUGACUGAAAUUUUGGAUAUCAUGAAACUGGCCGACAAGAAAUCUGAACUGACCAAGAAUUUGUCUGGUGGAAUGAAAAGAAAAUUAAGCCUCGGGAUUGCCUUAAUUGGUGGAUCAAAAGUUUUGUUCUUGGAUGAGCCGACUUCAGGCUUGGACGUGGAAGCGAGGAGAAAUGUUUGGGACGCAUUGUUGGAGAUGAGACAUAAACGGACCAUCAUUCUGACCACCCACUAUAUGGAAGAGGCUGAUAUUUUGGGCGACCGUAUAGCCAUCAUGGCGGAAGGAGAAUUGCAAUGUUGUGGAUCGCCCAUGUUUCUCAAACAAAAAUUCGGUACUGGGUAUCACCUGCACGUUGUGAAGGAUCAAAAUUUUGAUUUGCAAGCCUUGACUUUGCUCAUCCAGAAGUACAUCCCCGAAGCGAGUCUCAGAAGUGAGCUCGAGAAAGAAAUCUCCUUCAGCUUGUCCACAAACACCGGCAACGAGUUCGGAGACAUGUUUGAAGAACUGGAAAAUCGUAAAAAAGAAUUAGGCGUGCUGUCUUUUGGAAUAACAAUAACAACUAUGGAAGAUGUUUUCCUAAAGGUUUCGAAUAUUUCUGACAUGAAGUAUAAUGCCCGUUCUGAAGAAGAUAAACAGAGCGAUAAGAUCCAAGAUAUCUACGGAGAUUCACCUGGUAUGAGGCCUCACCGCCAUCCCAUUAAUCAAUUUCUCGCCUUGAUUAAAAAGAGAUUUAAUUAUUCCAAACGUUUCUGGAGCAUCCUCAUUGUCCAAGUGGUUCUUCCACUCUUUCUGACCACCAUCUGCCUUUACCUCAUAAAGAACAACAGUUUUCAGUUCAAGACUACAUUCAAACCCUUGAAGCUCGAUAUUAGCUCUGUUUACGGAGAAACUGAUGGAUUCUAUUACAGCGACAAACCUCCACUUUCUGACUUAUCAGAUACUGUAAAAAAUGUUUUCAAAUCUAAUCGGAUAACCGUCCAGAAAGUUCCUGAGCCAACUCAUUAUGUUCUAGACUAUGGUAAAAAAGAUAUUUCGAAGUACUUAAAAAAUUUGAUCGUUGGUGCAGCUGUUGAUCAAUAUUCCAAUGGCACAUUGAAUCUGACUGCCUGGUUCAAUGGGGAGCCUUACCAUGCAAUAUCAAUGUCUCUUCUUCUGGCGCAUACUGCUCUUUUGAAGAACGUGACAAAUACUGGCAGUAUUACAUUGACGAAUGCGCCAUUACCAGUUCUCAAAGUGAUGUAUUCAAAUGGGCAAGGCUUCAUGGCCAGAAUACUGGCCGGUAUUUUUAUACCUCUGGCUUUUGCUUAUUUAUCUGCUAGUUUUGUGUUACUUCCAGUACAUGAAAGAAUGACGAAGGCAAAAUUGUUGCAGCUGAUGAAUGGCAUAUCAGGAACGAUGUACUGGGGCGCCAUGUUUCUCUGGGACUAUGUAGUGUUUUUCAUUAUCUCCAUGUUGUUCAUCAUUCCUUAUGCCAUUUUCGCAAACACUGAAUUCUUCGGGAAGCACUCAGAAUCUAUAGGUGCAGCUAUUGUACUUAUGCUGCUUUACGGCUGGGCCGCAAUUCCGCUUAGCUAUAUAAUAUCAUUUUUAUUUCAAAAAGGAAACACUGCAUUCUCUACUGUAGUAGCUUUGUGCUCAAUUAUUGGUGUUGGUUGCUCUUCCAUACUGAAUUCUAUACUACUUACAAUUCCAUUUGCGGAGGUCACCAAAAGGCGUAUAAAUGAAGCCAUAUGGGCUCUCCGUAUUGUACCAGCGUUCAGUCUUUCUUCGGGAAUCUCUAAUCUUUUCGGAGUUGCUUUUGAUAACGCGUUUUGCGAAACUGUGCCGCCGGACGCACUUGAACUGAAUUGCAAUUCGUCCACUAUCGACAGAAAUAAUCCGAUAUUCAAAUGUUGCAAAAGCAAAUGUGGAGACGAGUGCCUGCAUCAAGUGAAUCCCUUUGGUUGGACCGACAACGCAUGCGGUCGAGACAUGUUCAUGUUGUCUUUCGACGGCUGCCUCUUCAUCACUGUUUUACUUCUUUUGGAAGUCGGGGCCUUAGCCUCUUUAUAUCGUGUUGUGAAGUCCCAAAUGCGGAAAUUCAGGAAGACUGUCGAUAACCUGGUGACUCAAGAGAGCAUUAUCGAGGAUUCAGAUGUGCUCGAAGAAGAAGAAAGGACUCUGAAUGUGAUAGAGGCUCAUUCUGUAUACGGCGAAGAAGCUUUGCUGGUCUCGGAGCUGACGAAAGUGUACAAAAACUUUUAUGCCGUGAAUCACUUGACGUUCGGCAUUCACCAGGAGGAAUGUUUCGGCCUGCUUGGUGUGAACGGGGCUGGGAAGACGAGCACUUUCAGGAUGCUGACGGGAGACUGCCACCCGACGGAAGGGAAUGCUUUUAUACAGAAUGUGUCCGUGAGGAAGAAUCUGAAAAAGUUUCAAUCAUAUCUCGGUUACUGUCCACAAUUUGAUGCCCUGAUUGAUCGCUUGACUGGCCGAGAAAUGCUCAUGCUCUUCGGUCAGCUGAGAGGUUUGACCAGCACCGAACUAGAAGAGAGGAUCAACAAACUGAUUAAAAUGACAGAUCUCACAAAGCACGCAGAUAAACAGACUCGAUUUUAUAGUGGAGGAAACAAAAGAAAAUUGUCCGUAGCUAUCGCUCUGAUUGGAUCGCCGCCUUUGAUUUUGUUGGACGAGCCUACUGCAGGGGUGGAUCCCGUGUCUCGCCGCAAGAUAUGGGGAAUUCUCGCUCAAGCUCGAAAUAAUACAGGAGCAGCCAUUUUGCUGACGACUCAUAGCAUGGAGGAAAGCGAAGCCUUGUGUAACCGAUUGGCUAUUAUGGUUAACGGCCGUUUUCGAUGCCUUGGCUCCAUUCAGCAACUGAAGACCAAGUACGGUCAAGGAUAUACAUUAAUAAUCAAAAUGAAAAGAGAAGACCAAGAAAAUAUUGAGAGUAUUACAGCUAUUAAGACACAUGUUGAAAGUAAUCUGCAUGGAGCAAAUCUGAAAGAUGACCAUCAGGGUAUGCUUCAGUACCACGUGGUGAAUCCUUCCAUUACUUUAAGCCGCCUCUUCAGAUUCAUGUCACACAUGAAAACAAACUUUGCACUGGAAGAUUAUCUGAUCAGCGACACCUCUUUAGAACAGAUAUUUUUGACUUUUGCUCGAGCCCAGAGAGCUUCAAGUGAAUAAGCAGAUAAAUCGGAGAUUGCCAAGAAGAAAAAUUGUUUUAUAAAAAGGAAAUGGUUAUUCUUCUAGCGGAAUUUAAGACUGCACUGAACCAUUAUUGUAUUCCUGUGUUUCUCCCAGUAUUACUAUUGUAUAUAUGUAUAAAAUGCAAUAUGCUAUUUAUUGAAGCAAUUUUCUUUUAAUAAGAAAUUUUUAAUGUUAUUUAUUUUCUCAAAAAUUACAUAAAACUUCGGAAAUUUCAAUUUACUUAAUAAAUGG